AUGGCGAUGUCCAACAAGCUCGCGUUCCUGGCCGUGCUCGUCGUCGUCCUGCUGCUGCAGGCGUCGUCGCGCGCCGCGGGGCGCCGCCACCACCACGACCACGGCGAGCCGAAGGACCCGUGCGGCGGCGGCGGCCCGGGCCUGCUGGGGCGCCACAAGGACCGCGGGUGCACGUCCCCGGCCGUGCACGGCGGCGGCACGGCCGCGGUGAUGACGGAGAACGGGUUCCAGAAGGGCGAGAGCGGCGGGGGCCCCUCGGAGUGCGACGGCAAGUACCACAGCGACGGGGAGAUGAUCGUGGCGCUGUCGACGAGGUGGUACGCCGGCGGGCGGCGGUGCCACAAGCCGAUCCGCAUCACGCACGCCGGGCGCACCGUGGUGGCGAGGGUCGUGGACGAGUGCGACUCCCGGCACGGCUGCAAGACCAACAUCGUGGACGCGUCCAAGGCCGUCUGGAACGCGCUCGGGCUCGACGUCAAGAUCGGCGAGGUCCCCGUCACCUGGGCCGACGCCUGA